GACGCCGAUUCCGCUACUUAAUUGUGAUACUCCAAGUCACGAAAGACUGGCGUUGGAGAAGGUCAGGAAUUUCAUUGCUUCGGAAGAGGGUUGCAGUACUUAGAAGUAAGUUUAAUCCAGUAUCACUAUGAUUUUGUUGUAGCACCACUAGAGAAUUCUUUAUUCAUGAAAAGACGGGACAGGAUGAGGCUUGUGCGCUCUGCGCGUCCCGUUGCUCUACCCCUCUCCGCAGCUUCCAUCGGUGCACUAUAUGCCGGCCUCUUCGGAUCUACAACGUCCGGUUUCGUUCGGAAGGGGACGCGGGUCGUUUCGUCUGGGAAGAAAGAUGAUCCAGUUGAUAACGCACUUGAUGGCGCUGCUGAUAGGGUCAGUGACGCCGCGAGCAGCGUCGGGGAAACGAUCAGCGAUUCCGAUUUUGCACAUGCCAUGAGCGAUGCCGCUGACGCGGUCGGCGGCGCGGCUGCUCACGUGGCUGACGGGAUCAGCGAUGUCGCAACAACGGUUGGGGAGACCGUCAACCAAGGGGCGGACGCCGUGAGCAGCGCCGCGGGGCACGUGAGCGACGCCGCGAACGACGCCGCAGACACGGCUGCUGGCCAGGUUGCCGGAGCUGCUAGCGAGGUCGCUGAGCAGAUUGACGAUGUUGCCGAGCACGUCGAGGAUAACUAUCUCGAAGGGGGUGAUUGCAGUGGUCGAAAUGGUCAUGCGAAAGGGUUUGCGGAUUUCGUUGUCACUCCAAGCAAACAUUCCGCGAGUAUCUGUGCAACACAUGCAACAGUGACUGGCUGCGAACUAGACGCCCGUCACGGAUGCGCGUGGGCAGCUGGUGCCUGUGUUGCUGACGCUUGUCAGAGCGUCAGUUAUGCGCGAGAGUGCGUGGCGCAUAGCGGGUGUCAUUGGACCGGUCGCCGAUGCAUUAUGGAGAGCUGCGCGAGACACCAGUACCGAUCUGCAUGCGACGACGAGCUUUUCUGCCACUGGGAUCGAGACCAGAGUCGCUGCAGGCAAGAAGAUGUCUGCGGCAUGCACGAAUCGAUGGAAAGCUGCGAAGGCGUUGUAGAAUACCAUGAGCCUAGAGGCACACAACCAUCUUCAACACACUCUCCUCCAAGCAAUAGUGCGGGGCAUGCCGUCAACCCCUCCGCAGCUGCGAGUGGAGCUUCAGGCCCCGUUGGCGUGGCACCAGUGGCGGCAGCAAGCACCACUCGAGCUACCUCAAAGUCAAUGCGGGGGGCACCAGACAUGCAGAGUCCUGGAAUAUCAAGGAGGCCGCACCAGUACGUCAUCGACGCAGCACUAGGCUUCCUUGCAGUGCGCAGGCAAAUGAAGAGAAGGACUGGAGGGCCUCAACAUCAGUGUGUCUGGAAUAGCAUGGCUGGCGUGUGUUACACGGACGUUUGCCCCUUCAAAGAUACAAUCGACGAUUGCAAUAACCACGGUCCAACGCACGGUUGCGUCUGGCGUGUUGGCGACUCGGAGUGCCACCGCGAUCUGGGAAGCACGUGCAGUCGCGCUCGUUACGAGAGAGAUUGUCAUGGCACCGCUGCAGGAACAUCUGGCGGAGAUUGUUUCUGGAAUGCAGAGACAGGAGUUUGCUUUGAGGAACACUGUCCGUCCUAUCAGGGACCCGAUGAGUGCGCGGCGCAUCGACCCUGGUGUCGUUGGUCCGCAGCGACGAAACAGUGCAACACAGGUUAGUAGUUAUAUAUCUUUAUCCGUAAGAAGUUGUUGCUGUCUCAGUUUUUGUUUGCAGAUUCAUCAGUUUAAUUUACUUAAGCAAUUUAGAGUGAAAUACUAUAGAUUUGUACCCGCGAACGUAUGAUAAUUUUGAUGCUCCGUCACAGCGGUCAGGAGUCUUUCAUUCAUGAUAGAUUUUGAUUUGAUGAGAAGCAGUGUGAUUCAUGAUUUUGUUAUUCAGAUCUAUGUGGGCAAUUCGUCGGCUCCUUCGCAUGCGAUGCUCACGGUAUGCGCGAUGGCUGCUCUUGGCGCAACGGACGGUGCGGAUUCGACGCUUGUGCGAGGCGCGCGUCCAUCGACACGUGCCUAGUUGGCCGACCAGGCUUUUCUGCCCCAGGCAGCGCGCCCGCAAUGCUUUUGGAGGUGAGCAGGCACGACUCUACUGUACCGGUCGUGAAGAAGACUUCCAUAGUAAUAGUAUCCUCCAACUCCUCUUCACCCAUGCACGCGCCUGGAGACACCGACGCUCACGACAAAUCAUUUGUUCAUCCAGACGGCGAUGAUAGUUUUUGUGCCUGGAAAGGGGAUGCGGUGUGCGUCUCGGAUCCCUGCGCCGCGGCGCAUUCUGAAGCGGACUGCGCACCAUCCGACGUGUGCGGGUGGGACAGCGGAACAGCGCAGUGCCUCACGCGGGUCGACUUCUGCGCGGCGCGAGCGGAAUCCCCACAAAACUGCACCUCAGCGCGACUCUCUUCGGCGCCCGAGCUCGAGGUUUGCGAGUACGGUGAAGCGCCAGACAGGCAUACAGUGUGUACUCCAGCCCCACUGAUGCAUCCACAAGUGACCAAAACGCACUUUGAUGUGGAGCAGACUGACGUGCGAACUGCAGAGCCGGAUUUCUUUUUAUGAUGGGGAUUCUUGAAUGGCGCGACUCGUCGAAGUGAAAAAAAGAUGUCGGUACAGGUGAUUCAGAGUCAUUUCUAUGACUAUGAAUAUGGGCUUGUCCUUGUCCCCGAUAAGCACUCUGCGACUGCGAGGUGUACUCCGAUUCUUCCACCUCAUAUCUCUAAUCCGAAAUGUUUGCGUGGAGCUAGUAGCGAGUGUUGUGCUUCCGGCAGAUGGAGACCCCGGACUUGUGGGCGCCAAACUGGAAGCCGUUUGCGCCAUGGGGUUAGGUCCGCGUGAACACGACCUCUGUGAGCGCGUCCGGGAAAGCUUCACGCGCCAGCUAGCAGCAAACGAAGAUUGGAAUGAGCACAACUUCGAUACUGCUACACUCUGCUUAUGAACGACGACUUGAAACUGAAAGUCUACUGAACGAAAAGGUAACAAAUGAUCUCAACAUACCGCGUCACCAUUGGUAGAUGCAUCUUCUUGUUUCCUGUGAGGAUCAUGCUCAAAAAAGACGAUCACGAUUAAGUAGGUAUUUAUAUAUGUAUAAAAUCGUUUUAGGGCUGACCGGUCCCCCCCCUGUGGUGCGGUCCGUGGUGGCGCGCGCGCUCUUUUCCGCGCUGAUUUGGGCGGAUUCUAGUGGUGGAAGGCGUCAAAACUGGGCGCGGCCGUCCCCUUGCGCCUCUCUGCGUGUUCCUCAGGGACCUCCUGGCCUCUGCUGACCCUCGCAGGCUGGAGGCCUCCGGGGUAUAAGCCCGCCGAAGGCGGCCACGGUCUCAAGAGCGAGCAAGCCGAUGACCAAGGGCCCGGCGGGCACAGGCCGCGCGGCUCAGGGGGUCCAGCCCCUCGCCUUUUGCCGCCUUCGGAGGCCUUCCGCACCCGGCGUACUGCUGCGGCGGCGAAGCAUAUCGGAGGCAUAUAGGGCACAGGCAGGCACCUGGAAGGGAGCGCAGGCGGCCCCUUGGGUCACUUUUGAAGCCUUCCACCUACACCGGAGGCCUCGCGGGAACAGCCAGGCAGCCGGAAGAAGCGGAGGCGGUCCCUUGGCCCCCUUUUGAGGCCUUCCACCCCCGGCAGACGCCUGCAAAAGGGGCCUGGGGCUACGUACGGUGCCCCCUACGCCGUAGCCCUGAGCCCUGGCUCAUAUAUAAGACAGGCUACCAGUGGUAGACAACUCGAGAGUCUCGCUCCUUUACCCGGAACCUUCAUAUUUUUCUGGUGUUGCGCACGCAGUGCAGGCACAUCGAGUAACGGUUGGGCCGAAUCCACCCCCUGGUGUGCUCUCUGGAGUAUUGAUGGGUAGCGGCGCAGGAAGUGACCCACCUGCAGGUAGUGUUGCUGCUCCGGCAGCUGCACCGGUCGCAGCAGGCUCGCUGCCAAUAGCAAAGCCCCUUGCUUUCCUCGGAGGUGGAAGAAGACGCAAGAGUGGUUAGACAUAUAAAGUUGAGGGAGAUCCCUCAUAUCAAUGUCAAUCUUGUUUAAGUUUCCCCAAUAAAUAUUAACUUUGAGAGAUCGAGUCUGAACAUCCAUCAUCAACUCUUAGUCUUACGCAUGAAAUCCAUAUGGCUUUUGAAUAACCUGUGAUUGAAUUUUUCGUCAUUGAAAAACACAACUACAAGUAAUCACACAUUUUUCCAGUUGCACGGCCCAGUAGUUGUAAAAAUGGCGAGUUACUGAUUACCCAAUUUUGUACCUACCCUGUGCACAGUUGUUGUUUGUCUAUGUCAUGUAGUGUAUUCAUCGAUUCUUCUUUUUUCCGUAUCCGGUUUACGGGUUCACACGUACCUUAUUUUUCAUAGAAUUCUUCCGCGAGAGUAAGUAGAUUGAGAGUAGGUAUAACGAAACAGUACAUCAUUGUGCUUUGAUGCCCCCAGCCGAAAACCAGGCUCGGUCUUGUCUAGGGAAGAUUCUUAAGAAGGAUGUCAAUUUUGCCUCAGCUGACUGCGGCCGUGUGAAGUUCUGGCUGCAGCCUCUGCUGGAAAAUAUUAUGCCCGUCACGCAUAAGCAGCUGAGGAAGAUUGAGUGCCUCCUUUGG